AUGCUUUGGAUGCUUACAGUCGUGCGAUUCGAUUAAAUCCGUAUAUCAGUGAAGUGUGGUAUGAUCUUGGUACCCUAUAUGAAUCUUGUAACAAUCAGAUCAACGAUGCUCUUGAUGCCUAUCAACGAGCUGCUGAAUUGGAUCCAAGUAAUCCACAUAUAAAACAACGUUUACAAAUGUUGAGAAAUCAACAAGCUGGUGGUCAAACAUCUGCUCCAAUUCCUCAAGAUGUGAACCCUCAAGCUUAUCAAUCUCCUAAUGGUCCUCCUAACAUGCUUGGUGGUAAUACCCCAACAUUCGCUCAACCUACUCCUGGUCCUCCAGGUCCCCCUGGUAUGCCAGGAUACAAUAGACCAGUUGAUAAUCGUCCAAGUCAUACCACAGGUCCUCUUUUGUCAUCUAUACCUAAUCACGGUGAAGGUUCUCAUCGUGAUUUACCUCCUCCAAUGAAUAGAAGGAGUCCUGGUCCUACUACUACUUAUACCCCUCCUCCUCAUCUUAUGCGUGAUAGACCACUAACUCCACCUAAUCAACAGCAUACUCUUAAUCCAUUAAUUUCUCCAAAUGAACAACGUUCAUUGACUCCUCAUCAGUCUCAACCACAACAACCUCCUCCUUUACGUCAUAAUUCGGAUAAACGUGCGUCAUCUCCUUCUCCACAACUUCCUCAAAUUCAAAUGCCGGAUGAUCGACAUCCUAGACAUUCCCCUUCUCAGUUACCUGAACCUUAUCCACCAUUGAGACCUAAUUAUCCUCCUUCUCCACGGAUAAUAACAUCUGAACAUGGUAGUUCUCAAAUUUCUGGUUAUCCGCAUCAUGAUAUAACUCAUCAUCUACCUGUUGAUCGUCGAGAAUCUGAUAUUUAUGAUAAGGUUGUCAAGCCUGAUGAACGAUCUAGUAAUGGCGUUUCCUCUUAUCAUCCAUCUGAAUCGCUCGCUCCAAAACAUGAUUCUCUUCCUCCUAUUAAUUAUCAUGAUAACCGUGAUAAUUUGGAUCCACCAAUUAAGAGGUCUGAUGAGCCAUCUCUUCGUCCACCCGAUACAAGAACACCGCAUCGUCCCCCACAUUCGAUUGAACAUAGUGAGAAUAGAAUACAAGAUGAUGUACCAAUUGAUGAAAAACCUCCAUUUACUUAUC